ACGGCAUCGAGUUUUGGUGUAGCUUCCUGAAAAAUUGACACCCAGCGCCGCCGUUGAGCAGUAGCGGACCCGCGAGCUCCCGUUGUGUGGAGGAAGCAGCCGCCAGUCGCGCCGCUCGCAGAUUCGCCCGUUUCCCGGACUCGGUUUUGCAUCUUGAAAGUACUUUCAAACGAGGCAGGUCCCGCGUCGAAGGACUUCACGGGGCAUGAGCGCGCGGGGCUCGCGUCAAACAAAGUAAGAGGCGAGGCAGAGCUGUGUGUUUGAUGGCUGCUGGGGAUGGAGCCCAGCUGCCGGCCACAGUAGCCGCGAGCCGCAGCGUGGAGAAGGCGCUCGAGGAGGCUGCCGCGAGCGGGGCUCUCAACCUGUCCAACCGAAAGCUGAAGGAGUUUCCCCGGAGCGGCCGGAACUACGACCUGUCCGACAUCACGCACGCCGAUCUGUCUAAGAACCGUCUGUGUGAUCUUCCUGAGGACCUCUGUCAGUUCAUCUCUCUAGAGACACUGAGCCUUUACCACAAUGGCAUGCGUUCCUUGUCCUCCAGCCUGGCUAACCUCCAGGCCCUCACCUACCUCAACCUCAGCCGAAAUCUUCUGUCCAGUUUACCCCCGUCUGUGUUCCAGCUUCCUCUGCUGCGAGUGCUUAUCGUCAGCAACAACAAGUUGUCUACACUGCCCUCCUCUAUAUACUCCCUCACACACCUCCGACAGCUGGACGUAAGCUGUAAUGAGCUGCAGUGUUUGCCUGCAGAGCUCGGUCAUCUAGAGUGUCUGAGGGACCUAAACCUGAGGAGAAACCAGCUCAACACUCUGCCUGAAGAAAUAUCGGAGCUCCCUCUUGUUCGACUCGAUGUGUCCUGCAAUCGAAUUUCCCACGUGCCCUUGUGCUACCGCAAUCUCCGGCAUCUCCAGAGCAUCUCGCUGGACAACAACCCGCUGCAAAUGCCGCCGGCACAGAUCUGCUCCAAGGGGAAAUACCACAUCUUCAAGUACCUCAACAUGGAGGCCUGCAAGAGGAGCCAGGAGGAGCUGGAGAGACACCUGAGACCCACUGGAUUUAACAGCUGUCUGUCAGACCAGGAGCUGUUUACAAGUCAGUUUGGAGGCCUGGACUCUGGUUUUAACAGUGUGGACAGCGGUAGCAAACGGUGGUCUGGGAAUGAGUCAGCGGAUGACUUCUCUGAGCGUUCCCUCCGCAUGGCUGAGAUCAGCAGAGACCAGAGGAACCUGGAGGAGGAGGUAGAGGAGGAUGGAUCUCCUCUCAAAGUUAAUAAAGUGAAUGGAGAGGCUGAGCAGGUGGACUUCAUAGACAGCAGUGUGAUGGAGGAGGAGGAGGAGGAGAUGAGGAUGGAUCUACCCACACCUCCUCUCACAGCACCUUCACUGGAGCAGAAGGAGAAACCAUCUGUGUCCCAGUCUCAGGACUCAACAAAGCACAGGCCCAGUAUUCUUACGGAAGUGUGCCCCUCGACUUCAACCUCCUCGUUGCCGCUGUCGCCGUCCAGCCCCUCUCUGGAGGAGCGUAAACGACCUGGCACCCUGCUCAUAUGGCAGGAGAGAGAGCGACUGCAGCAGCAGCAGAGAGAGAAGGCCAAUCUGCUAAAGUCAUCCACCAAAACAGGAAGUCAUGUGGCCAGUGCCCCUCAGACAGGAAGUGUCUCAGCUGGCACCUCUCCAGAGAACAACACCCAUGCAGGCCUGCGACAGAGAUGCGCAAGUGUGGACCAGAUGAGCACAGGGUCUCCUUCAGUACUCCUACAUCGCUCCAGCAGCAGAACAGAUGUCCCGUCCUCGCCAAAGACGUCUCCUCCACCGGGCCAGGUUCAGAAACCCAGCAGCUUCCUGUUCCGCGUGCCCUCCCGCAGCAAUGCCAAACCCACAGGACCAAUGUUUACUCUGGGCGAGUCUGGGAGAAGUGAGUCCCGAACAACUCUGCGCUCUCCGAAAGAAGAGAGGCUGGAUGUCGCACAACUACGCAAGAAUCUGGAGUCUCGGCUGAAGGUCAGUUUACCGGAGGAUCUGGGCGAAGGCUUAUCCGACGGCACCAUCCUCUGCCAGCUGGCCAAUCAGAUACGACCACGCUCCGUGUCAAUCAUUCACAUUCCCUCCCCGGCAGUGCCCAAACUUAGUGCAGCGAAGUGUCGACUCAAUGUGGAAAACUUCAUUUCUGCUUGUCGCAGGCUGGGAGUCCCUGAGACGGAUGUGUGUGUGUGCUCUGAUGUGCUGCUAUGUAAGCUGCCCGCGGUGCUGCGCUGCGUGACGGCGCUGCUGGCCUCGGAGGGGUCCAACGCUCCGGGGGUCCCAUCGCCUGGCCAGCCCUCUUCCUCGUCCUCCUCGUCCUCCUCGCUGCUGUCGUCAGACUUCCUGCUCUUCUACUGUGCCGUCAUGGCCCUGCUCUACGUCCUUUACUGCUACCUGCUCACCUAGAGGAGGGGCACGCAUGUAGUAUAUGCACAUACUGAACACCCUGUGACGUGUCGGGCGGCUACAGCAGCCGCAAGCAGCCGCCCCCUCACUUAUACUUGGACAGUGCUCUGCACUUUGCACGUGUCAGAGCUGUGUUUCAGCCGAGCACCUUUAUGAACCGUAGAUGCAGCUUGUUGUGUAGAUGCUAGGAGGAACGGGGAAAGCAGUAAAGCGAUGGAGAAACGCUGUGAGGGAGAGAGAAGAGAACAGUGAAAUGCCUUAACCUCGCGGAGCCUUCACUAAAGCAGAGAUGAGACUCAUCUGGCGCGUCUGCUCUGAGACAAAAACAAUCUCACUGGUUGAUACACGAAGAGUUAAAUCUCAGGUACCUGCUUUUUUUUUGGAGCUGUGUCGACCUGGUAAAUCUAGUUCUGUGUUACCUUUGGUUUGGCGUCUGUCAAGUCCUGAGGGAAAUCUUUGGCUGUUCAGUCGCUAAUGAGUCCACUUUUGCAGCAAGCCGGGUCAGAGAGAGUGAGCCAAAUGGUAAACCUGCAGCCCAUCUUUUAGAAAAACCUCUGAGGAGGUUGUCACGCCAUGGUUUUUAGUAGCCCUUUUCACAUUCCACAUAACUGAUCCAUUGGAAUAUAAUGUGUGAUUUAUUGACUUUAGCAACAGGUAUUUGCAGCUGAUGCAGGGACUGUAGAUCCAGCAGAAAGCUCUGUCACACCUUCCCAAUAUUAGUACAGUAAAUGACACGGUUCACAUGGUGCAUAGUGUUUAAUUAUGGUGAUAGCGAUGAGACUGAUAAUAGUCUAAAUGUCAGAACAACCAGGAUGAACGUGAGCACAACUUUUAACCCGACCGCUGAGAUUGUUUCUGCCACCAGAGCAGCUGUGAGUCAAACUCCAGGCAGGCGCCUCGUCCUAAAAGUCACCCGAGGCGGAGUUGUGAAUGUCAAUUUUUGACAAUUUUCUAUUUUUUUUAUUAUUUUUUUUUUUUUUAUGUUGCGAUAAAUGCAAGUUAGUUGUCAGUAAGGAACCUGCACGUUUGGUAAUGUUAUUUCCUAGAUGACAUGAGAGUGGGACUGAUGAUUUAGUGCCUCGUAUCGAACACUGACUGGUUUUUGUCUACAUUAACUGUGAGCAGCAGGGGGCGAUGUCGCUGCAUCCGUCCCUCAGCAAAGCUUCAUGCCUCCAGACCCACGGUACAAACCCCCCUUUGAGAUUGUGUGCAAGUGUUUUUUGCCAUUUGUCACUGGUCUUUUUUACCAGCUGAUGUUUGUAUAAAUGUACACAGGUCAUUAAAUUAUUGUUUUUUUUUUAUUUAUCUUUCUGUUUUUGUUAUUUUUGUUUUUUGGUGAAACAGCAGAGGCUUCACUAAAUUGGUUGAAAGCCUCAAAGCUUGGCGAAAUCAAUGUGUGCUUUUAAGCCAUGCAUACAUGCAGGUGAGGAGCAAUCGAUAUUCAAUUAUUCGGGAUUAAAAACCAUUGAUUGCCUAAAAAUUUCCUCAUUUGUAUCGGUAAAGAAUUAAUGUCUCAGCGGCUCCACGCUGAGCAGGGCUCUGCUGUUUGUACCACACGCUGUGUCUGGCUUGUUGCUCAUUGAAGGUCAAUGUCUGCAGCUAAACACUGAUUGGAAUCUGCCUACAAAAGCUUAUUUGACUGAUGUGGAGGUUUAAAAGCUAUUAAUGUUGCUCUGUCUGCUCUAAAUGCAUCUAUAGUCUGAGGCCCCUGAACCAACAUUUAAACUAGUUUCACCAACUUUUGGCUUUGUCUGUAGCCGUCUACAGUAGCUCUGAAGUGUUUGAUAUUAAAAGACAUGAAUUAAACAAAGUCAAGUCUGUUUUGCAAGUCAUAAAAAUACAUAAGUAGUACAAUAAAUUUCAUAGUACAACAUUUUUAUAAAUGAGUAGAAAGCUUUUUACAUCCAGCACAUUUUCAUAAAUCCUAGAGUCUAGUCUCAGUUUCUCUCUAUUCUCACUGAACACAACACCUUUUAAGAUGAAAUCAAUGAAGUCUAAUAUUAAUGAAAUUUCAGCUUUCAUCACAUUUUAAAGCUAUGAAAUAUGUGGUUAAUGUUAAGCCCGUUGGGGAAAAUCUCGAAGCCAUUCUGUUGAGCUUAUUUGGUUACAACUCGGCCGAGCUGCCGCUGGUUGUUUAUAUCCAGUUCCUUUCAUGUCCACGUCUGCUGGUGUCCAGAGGUCAGGCGUCCGCUGUGUGAACCGCCGUGGCUCGAGUUUCUUGGCCUGCUGUUCAAAUUAAACUUAUGCUGUUUCAAUUCAAAUGUAUAUUUUAUAAGUGAAACUGGAUAAGCGCCACAAGGUAAAUCUCUCUCUCUGGCUUAGACUAAGCUAUAUUCUUAAAUAUGUUAGUGGAACAGAAAUACUGUUGUAUUUUAUAUUUAUGAUACUCUUGUACUUUAAGAACCAUUUGAGUUUAUACAGUAUAAAUCUAUAUGUAACUCCUCCUUUCAGCUGUAAAGAAAUGAUUAAAAAUAACAUUUUGACCCUG